AUGAGGUUGCACAGUAUAGCAGGCACCACAAUGAGUUUGCUAACAACAGGUGUGCAGUAUCUUGGCUCCAACGAUGCCAGCUAUGAUGACCUUUCCGCUGACUCAAGCCUGAUCAAGAACGGGUUCCACUUUGAGAAAUCUUACUCUUCCUCUGUCAGUAACUCCUUUCCUGGACUCAUCCCUGAAAACAAAGAGUUAAUUUAUGGUGGUCUUGCUCCUGUUUUCCCCACCAACAUAUCAGACUUUCUGCUGGGUAAUGGGACCUCUGUGGAGAGUGGAGGGGCAGCACAGUGUGGGGAGGACCUUGUGGACAACAUGGAGUGUUUUAUGAUUCUGACUCCUGGUCAGCAGCUUGCAGUUGCCAUUUUGGCACUCACUCUGGGGACAUUCACAGUGCUGGAGAACCUCAUGGUGUUGUGUGUGAUCCUGCACUCACAGACACUUCGAUCUCGGCCUUCCUACCACUUCAUAGGCAGCCUGGCUGUGGCUGAUCUGAUAGGCAGCAUCAUUUUUGUCUACAGCUUCCUGGACUUCCAUGUGCUUCACAGGAAGGACAGCCCCAAUAUUUUCCUCUUCAAGCUGGCUGGGGUCAUCGCCUCCUUCACUGCCUCUGUAGGCAGUCUGUUCCUCACUGCAAUCGAUCGCUACAUCUCCAUCCACAGGCCUAUGGCAUACAAACGCAUUGUCACAAAGACCAAAGCAGUCAUCGCCUUCAGUGUGAUGUGGACCAUUUCCAUUGUCAUCUCAUUGCUUCCGCUGCUUGGCUGGAACUGCAAACGUCUCAACUCCGUCUGCUCGGACAUUUUCCCUCUAAUCGACCAAAAGUACCUGAUGUUCUGGAUCGGGAUGACAAGCAUCUUGGUCCUGUUCAUCAUCUACGCUUACAUAUUCAUUCUCUGGAAAUCCCACCACCAUGCUGUCCGCAUGCUGAGCCGCAGCUCCCAGAGAAGUGUGAUCGUCUACACAGCAGAGGGGACUAAAGUUCAGACAAUGAGGCCCGAGCAGGCCCGGAUGGACCUGCGUCUGGCCAAGACUCUGGUUCUGAUCCUGGUGGCCCUCAUCAUCUGCUGGGGCCCGCUUCUAGCCAUCAUGGUUUACGACCUCUUUGGGAAGGUGAACGACUUCAUCAAGACUGUGUUCGCCUUUUGCAGCAUGCUUUGCCUGCUCAACUCCACCGUGAACCCUGUGAUCUACGCCAUGAGGAGCAAGGACCUGCGCAGGGCCUUCCUCAACAUCUGCAAUGUGUGCCGGGGAACAACGCAUACGCUGGACAACAGCGGUGAGAGUGACUGGAACAGCAGGAGUGUGAGAGGCACAACGGGCGGGGCAGGGAAAGACGGAGCCAGCUGUGGAGCGAUGAGAGUAAAAGUAGCCCAGGUUACAGUUUCUGGAGUGACUGAGACUUCUACUGCAGACCAAGUCUAAAACAUAGGCUGACCUGUUCUAGUACAACUGUGAAGUUAAUAUUUUGUAGAAUAGCCCUGACCCUACUAGUACACUACUCUGUGACUGUGAAAUGUGCCAAAAAAAUGAGAUUGAUAUAGACUGGACAAACAAGUUUUGUUACUUUACAGCUGAAAUCUUUAAUACUGUGUUUUACCCCUCUGUACAAUGGAGUGUGAUGAUACUGUAAAAACUGUGCAUUUUAUGGAUUUACUCUGGUUUGUCAGGUUGCAUAUGUCUGAUUAAUGGUGCCAAUUUUGGCAGAUUUCUUAACAGAUAUUAUAGUAUACAUUGUCAUCUUUGCUGUAGUUUGAAUAAGCUAAAAGUUACAGAUUUCAGCUUUAAUGUGGGAAAAAUGGUGUCAUUCUCAGUUCUCUCUGUUUUUUUCACAUUACAUCA